ACACCGCGUUUUCCAUCUUCCAAGUCUUAGAAAAAUCGCUAUAAAAUGUUGUGCGGUUUCAACAUGUACUUUGACGAGAAAAGCAAGUCAAAUGUUUUGUGAUUUGCCUUCAGAAUUUUAGCAGACGAAGCAAAGAUGAAAAGGAAAUGGAGCUGUUCACCAGAAACUCGACGCACGAGGCAUGGCUCAUCAGGAGCUCUGUACGAUGUGUUCUUGAGCUUUCGAGGACCAGAUACUCGCACUAACUUCACAGAUUUCCUCUAUCACGCCUUGCUAGAUAAGGGUAUUCAUGUUUUCAUAGACAAGAAGGGGAUUGACGUGGGUGAAGAGAUUGGCCCUGAGAUUUACCAGGCCAUUGAUGACUCGAAAAUCUGCAUUCCGAUCUUCUCCAGAGGCUAUGCCUCCAGUAGCUGGUGCCUGCGCGAGCUGGAAUACAUGAUGGAGCGUAGGAAAACCGAGGAACUGGAGGUUAUGCCCAUCUUUUAUGACGUGGAACCUUCUGAUGUGAAGCUUGAAACCGAAGUAUAUAGGGAUGCGCUAACUCAGCAUAGAAAAGAACGCGGGCCUGAGACUGUGCAGGGCUGGGAGGAGGCGCUAAAGGAAGUUACUAAAAUCAAGGGAUGGGACACCAAGAACGCUGGCCAUGGAGAACUCACACGGCUAAUAGCUCGUAAAGUCUUGGUUAAGCUUAAAGUGUCUUCAGUAUAUCUACCCGAUUAUUUGGUCGGGAUCGACCAAUCAGUGGAUGAAGUAAUAGAUUUGUUGAGUGUUGAAUCUAAGGACGUAAGGCUCGUUGGAAUAUGUGGAAUAGGUGGUAUAGGCAAGACAACUCUUGCCAAGCUCAUUUACCAAAAACUGUCUGCUAAUUUUGAAAGUUGUUGCUUUCUGCCGGAUAUUCGACAAGCAUCAAAAAAUUCUGGUUUUCUAAAUCUGCAAAGGCAACUAGUGCAUGAUAUCCUUGGGGAUAAAACAAUUGAGGUUUCUAGCGUCGAUCAAGGAAAAAAUCUGAUUAAAGAACGAUUUAGUAGAAAGAAAGUUCUUAUUUUCCUUGAUGAUGUAAAUCAUAGGAGCCAACUUAUCGCAUUAGCUGCAAAGAAAGAAUGGUUUGGUCUAGGAAGUAGAAUAAUUGUUACAACAAGAGACAGAAGUGUUUUAUGUGGAUUCCAAGAUCAAUUGGAGCAUUGUUUGAUUUAUGAAGCUAAGGAACUCAACAAUCUUGAAGCUCUUCAACUUUUUAGCAAGCAUGCCUUUAGAAGCAUCUCUCCUCCAAAUGCAUUGAUGAGUCUAUUUGAGAAAGUUAUUGCAAAAACCGGAGGGCUUCCUUUGGCCAUCGAAGUGAUGGGCUCAUUUUUAUGCGGAAAGGGGAAAGCGGUGUGGGAAGAUACAUUGAAAAAGAUGGAGCAUUAUCCUUAUAAGGAUGUGAAGGAAACAUUAAUGUUAAGUUAUGAGGCGUUAGAUCAUCAGCAACGACAAAUAUUUCUUGAUAUUGCUUGCUUUCUAGUCGGAGAAAAUAAGAGUCAUGCAAGUUACAUGUGGGAUGCGUGUGGAUAUUUUCCAGAAGAGGGGAUUGAAGUACUACUUUCAAUGUCCUUAAUGAAAAUUGGAGAAAGGAAUCAAUUAUGUAUGCAUGAUCAAGCUAAAGACUUAGGCCGAAGCAUUGUGUUCCAAGAAAAUUGCGAAGACCCAGGAAAACGUUCACGGGUGUGGAACCACGAAGAAGCUCUUGAUAUAUUCGAGAGAAAGAAGGGGACCGAAACUGUUGCGGCAAUCUGCAUGAACUUUUACGGGAUUAUACCAGCCCCUGUUUUGACAUCAGAUGAAUUUAUGAAAAUGCCAAGCAUUAGAUUUCUUAAAAUGGUUGGCGCAGACCUCUCUGGAUACUGUGGGAAUCUCUUUCCAGAAUUGAGAUGGCUAUCAUGGAACUAUGGUCCUUCAAAUUGGCUUGCAACCAGCUCUUGCCCAAAAAAUCUAGUCAUCCUCGACCUAUCAUGGAGCCGAAUAAGCUUUUUUGGUGGUGACUUGUCUCGACCUAAGAUGCCUUCGAGAUUGAAGGUCCUUAAUCUCUCAUAUUGCCACAUGUUGACCGAAAUUGGAGAUCUGUCAGCACAUUUAUUCUUAGAAAUACUAAUUCUUGAGGAGUGCGAGAAUUUGCUGCUGAUUGAUCCAUCCAUAUGUAAACUAAGGUGUCUGAAGCACUUGAAUCUAAAUGGAUGUUGUUCUCUCCGGAAAUUUCCUUACUUAGGUUCUCUAAAAGCUUUGACUGAGCUGCUCAUGGAUAGAGUGUUGUUACGAAAAAGUGUCGGAAGCAAUUGGUCACCUGUAGGACAAAAUAGCAUGUGGCAUGAACGAAAAAAAAAAGGCAUUAGGCUGUCAAGCUCAAUCGGAGCACUUGUGAAUCUCAAGUGCUUGUCCAUUUGUGGAGCUUCAAGGCUAACAGGACUUCCAGAAUCAAUUGGGUUGCUGAAGUCUUUAGUCGAAUUGAAUAUCUCAGACACAGGAAUUACAGAGUUUCCUAGCUCGAUUGUUCACCUAAAGAAGUUGAAAGUCUUGAAGAUGGACAGAAGUUGCAUAACAGAGCUACCAGCAGCAAUUGGGAUGUGGGAGGAACUGGAAGAGAUUCACGGAGAGGAUUGUUCGGCAUUACAGAUGAUGCCCAGUGAUGUUGCAGGACUCUCUUUCUUGAAAAUACUAAAAUUAACAGGAACUCGUGUGAAGAAAGUACCAGAGCUUCCCUCAAGUUUGAUAAGUCUACAUCUCUCUUCAACAGCAGAAGUUCCGGACAUGUCGAAUGUCAGAAAUUUCAAAUUGAGCUUUCCAACCUCAACCUGCACCUCAGGUUUGGAAAUGGAUAUAACUUACAACCUAUGGUGGAUUGGGAAACUAUUGAGACUGGAGUACUUAAGAUUGGAACUUCCAAGCAUCACCAGCAUACCAUCAAAUUUGGAUCACCUUUGUUGCCUGAAAGAACUUCUACUCGUCCGCUGUAGGAAUCUGCAGCACAUUGGACUGCUUCCCUCUAGUUUGAGGAAACUUACAGUUUCCCACUGCAAUGUUCUACAAAGUAUAGAUCUUUCCAACUUGCAGAAAUUGCUGGAGUUAAGUCUCAGUUUUGGGAUUUCUAAUAUUCAAGGGCUUGAAGGUUUAAGAUCAUUACAGUGCCUGAAACUGUCCUGCUGUGAGUUGAGCGAGCUCGGUGGGCUUGAAAGGCUAGAGAAGCUACAGGUGUUGUCGAUUGAUUGUUGCCCCCUCCUCCAUACGUUGCCCAACUUAUCUGACUUAAAAUGUCUGAAGGACCUUUUCCUGUGGAGCUGUCGGAAACUGGUCGAGAUUCAAGGUCUCGACAGACUGGAAUCACUGCAAUCAAUCAACAUUGGAGGCUGCAGUUCCUGGCAAGGCUCACCUGAUCUAUCCAAUUUGAAGAAGCUGAAGUACUGCAACAUUGAAUGUUGUUCGGAAGGUAAUCUCCCAGGAGAAGUAGCACAAAAUCAUGAUGACCUCUCAGCCUGCCAUAGUUGA